AAAUUAUCAAUAUCUUUGAGGGUUUCAGGUGCAGUUCAGCGAGUAUCUGUCAAACCUUCUGUGAUAUUUCUGGGUUAUACAAAUCAAAUUUGGUUUGAUGAGAAUUGGGUUCCAUAUCAUUCAGUAACAAGUGGCUCUUCGCCUGCUAGGUUCACCUCUCAUUUAAAGAGGAUUGAUUAGCAUGUCUGACAUCCAAUGAUGCUGAAGCUCUGUGUCUCAGUCAUUAUGAAGACAGCCAACCACAACAAGAAGGUGGAACGCUUAUGGUCACCAGUCCCAGGUGAGGUAGGUCAUUCAACAGGACAUGAACAAAGGUAAUACCGAUUUUGCUAGUUAUUAGUUAUUAUGGUUAGACAAGAUCGGCUGUCGACUCAUUUUAAUGUCUCUCCUGAGUUGAAUAGCAUGGAAUGUCCGUUGACAUUGCGAGUUGCCGAUCUUACACCAUUUCUAGCCUAAACCUGUAUUUUUGACAACACCAUGGCUUCACUUUUAAAGUCCCAUCAGGGUUGAUAAACCUUAAUAAAGUGAAACGCGGCAGUACAGAAGUACAGUCUGUGUAACCUGUUGCUAUAUGUUGCCGUGAAGGUUCUAAGUGCGCAUGCUGUCUUCAGUCAGCAACGACUGUUAGCCAACCAACAGAGUAUUGUAGGCUACUGUAUAGCUAAUAAUAAUUGACGUGGAUGUCGAUGCUGGUAAUUAUGGUAAUUAUGUUUGUCCAGUUCAGUAUUUGUACAACAGUUUGUAAAUACACCUGUCACCGGAACCUGUAGCUGUCCGAGGUUCUGAAAAGCCGUAAGCGCGUGGGGGAAAUCCGUAGUGACGACACUAGGAACACGCUUAUCACGCAUUGGGUUAAAUUUAGUGCAAGGUAUCCAUGGCAUUGACAACACGUGACAGCCUGGAAGUAAGUGGGUCAGGUUGUGGAAAGUCUACUCCCACGAAAAAGCAAACCUUCUCUGUAGGCUUUCAAAGUUCGUUGGUUUUGUAAUACUGGUAUUUUCUAAAGUGUUAGGAAUUAGCCCAUAUGUAGCCUACUCUGUAUAAUUGGACGAUAUAUAUAUAUAUAUACACCUUAUUCUAUUUGUCUAUGCCUGUCAUCCAUAGAGACAGAAGUGAGAUGCAACAUAAUGGGCAGGGAUGAACCACAGUGUGACUCCAGGGUGGCAGAAAGUCAUCCACUAUGUCACAAACCCACCUGCCAUGGCUCCUCCAUCCAGUGCUGAGGCCCAGGAGGAGAGUGUGUGAAAGGAGACCUGGUUACGGGUCAUGGCUCACUCGUCAGACCCCUCCCGUAGGGAGACGACCCCCGGGCCCCAGGGGUCUCACUCGGCUGCACGUCACCUCCUUCGGAAGAAGGAACAACGCCGGCGUGGAAUACGAUCCUCCUCCCCCAUGGGGCGGGUCAUCCUCAUCAACUCACCCGUGGACGGCGGGGAUGACUGUGAGGAUAUCCACACAGUCACGGUGGAUAAGAGUGUGGAUGGCAGGCUGGGUUUCAGUGUGCGUGGAGGCUCGGAGCAUGGCCUUAGCAUCUUUGUCAGCAAGGUGGAGGAUAACAGCUCUGCAGAGCAGGCAGGCCUGUGUGUGGGGGACAAGCUGGUGGAGGUAAACGGGGUGAGUCUGGAGAGCAUCACCAUGAGCAGUGCAGUCAAGGUGCUGACGGGGAACAACCGGCUGAGGAUGGUGGUGAGGCGUGUGGGGAAAGUCCCUGGCAUCCGCUACUCCAAGGAGAAGACCACCUGGGUGGAUUUGAUCCACCGCAGGAUGGUGGUGGAGGAGAGCGGGAAAACACCCUCGGUGGCCAGCUCUGACGCGGCGCUGCGGAGGAUUGUUCACCUCUACACCACCUCUGAUGACUACUGUCUAGGCUUCAACAUCCGCGGGGGCAAGGAGUUUGGUCUGGGAAUCUACGUUUCUAAACUGGACCCUGGUGGACUAGCUGAGCAGAAUGGGAUUAAGAUGGGGGACCAGAUUCUGUCAGCCAAUGGGGUGAGCUUUGAGGACAUCAGUCACAGCAAUGCUGUUGAAGUGCUCAAGAGUCACACACACGUCAUGCUGACCAUCAAGGAAGCCGGACGAUACCCUGCCUAUAAAGAGAUGGUAGCAGAGUACAGGUGGCUCAAUAAGUUAGCCAAUGGGAAUGCCCAGUCCUCCUCCCAGGGUUCAGAGUCCAACUCCUCCGCCUCGUCGUUGUCCUCCGGGACCCCCAUCAGCUCCCUGAGCGGCCUGUCUCAGGUCAUGUUCCCCCCCAGCCUGCCUUUCGGCUGCGACAUGGUGGACGUGUGUAUCUCCACUGAGGACCAGCUCGCUGAGACUGCCAUGCAGACUGACUCCCCCUCUCUGAGGAUGGGGACAGACACGAGCCGCAGCCUGGGGGCCACGUUGCUGCUCGAGGACUCGGCCAUCCGGGAAGGGGGCUUCAAGAGCGGAGAGUCCACCAAGACAGCCGUUCUCAUGGCUCUGAGCCGGCCCACCCGACCCAUCCGUCGCUCCCAGAGCCAAGUCACCGUGGCAGAGGUCAAGCAGAAGAAGCAGAAGAAGCAGCAGAAAGGGAAGGACCAGGAGACGAGCACCCUGCAGCGGUCCAAGACCUUUGUCAGCCUGCUCUUCAGGGGUCGCAAGAGAGACACCUCGAGGGGGCGCUCUAAGUCCCCCUCCAGAUCAGAGGCUAGCAGAGACGGUGUGGGGCGUCGUGCCAGCGUCAAGCCAGACCCUGAGAUGUUGGGCGUGGUGGAGGACAUGGCACGCAGGCUGCUCACUGAAGACGAGGUAUACGCUGUCAUGAAGACCUGCAGGAAGUAUGUGACAGAGCGUCUUGUGGAGAACCUGGUGCGCCACCUGCUGGCGGUCCUGGACAGGCCUGAGAAGCUUCUGCUGCUGCGGGAGGUCAGGAUGCUGAUCCCUCCAAAUGACCUGGUUGUCUUCAACAACAUGGUGGCACCGUUUGAAGUCGAGGCUUAUGAUAUCUUGAAAUAUCGCUCUGUCAGAUCCCCUCCUCUGCGUUCCCCCCAGUCAGGACGUGCCCCCAAACGACACCUCAUCACCCCCAUCCCUGACUUCCAGGGAGGCUUUGAGCUCCACAGUGCCGAGGAGGUAGAAAGGGAGAGUCACCUGAUCGACGAGCUGGAGAGACUGCGUCUGUCUGGGCCACAGUUGACCAGGGAGCAACCCCACACCUCCAGAGCUUUCACCCCACUGCUGGACGUCCCCGUGGACGGCUACGCCUCCGACUUCCCCAGACAACCCUCGGUCAGCCCCAUGCUGCCCAACUGGCUGCUGGCACACAGCAGCAGCGCACGCACCCCUCUCAGAGCAGAGAGUGGUACAAUCCGCUCGGUCCACUUUGAUGAGGUGUCAAUGCACUCUGCUUCAGACCGGGGAGGAGAUACCAUCUCUGAACGGGGAAGGUCCACGUUCCGGAAUGGAAACUCCAAGGGUAAAAAAGAAAAAAAUGAGAGGAGUAAUGACACUGUGUUUACUCUGGCAAGUGCCCCUCGGAGGACCAGACCCCUGCUGUCUGAAGUCUUUGGCUCUGGCCUGGACUCAGACUUUCCAGCCUGUCCUGAGGUGAAGGUGGGACAUGAAAAAGUAAACGGAGCGCGGAGCGCCACUGAAAAUGGACUCAAUGGUAGCCUCCCAGCUCAGGAGUAUGAGCUAAAAACCGUCAGCAUAUCAAAGACAAAGCAGUCAUUGGGGAUCAGCAUAUCUGGUGGGAUGGAGUCCAAGGUACAGCCUGUAGUGAAGAUAGAGAAGAUCUUUCCUGGAGGAGCAGCUUCCACCUGUGAAGUCCUCAAGGCUGGAUUUGAGCUGGUGUCCGUGGAUGGGAUAUCUCUGCAGGGCGUGACCCACCAGCAUGCUGUGGAAAUCAUCCGCAGAGCCUUCAGCAACAAGGCCAAAGACCCCAUGGUGUUUAUGGUAAAAGUCCUCAAAAAACCUCCGAGUGGCGACUGACCCCUUUGGACACAAAAAAGCUUGGGGGAGAUGCCUGCGGGCACUGAUAGAAGCUGUUUAGCAGUGGGACCUGGGUCCAAGCAGCAGGAGGUGGGUCUAAGUGGGUGACCUAAAGAGUAUCUGGCCAAUGAAUACAGUGGAUGUACUACUUACUACUGGAAUCAACCAAUCAUGUGUGUGCUGCUGAACUGCAUCACAACUCCGAGCCAAUACUUGUCCAUCGAGUAGAGACCUUCCUUGUACACUAUUUCUUACAACAAUUGUCAAUUUAUAGACAUUUUCUUACAUUAAAAUGUAGUCACUGUAAUGCAUUGUACUGUAUUUAGAUAUUUUUAACAUGCAGGCUGAUUUCUGGAACCUAGAGUGCCUUUUGAGAUCCCACAUACACUACAUAGUCUCACAACCCUGUGAAGAGUUGGCUUACGAGUGGAACAACAGACAUGAGCAAGCAUUUAUUUGGUAUGUUAGGUAGGAUUUCCUAUGUGUUCGUACCUAAACCCUUAUCCUGUGAAAGAAAAAACUAUAUAUUCAAGAGUUAUCCCUUCUCAACCACUACUUAUCAUCUGUUCUUCCUUGUAAGAUCGUUCUGAGGGAGGAAUCUUCUUCUGCUGAGCGGAGUAAACCUGUCUCUAGAACAGAAAAGCAGCUUCUGUACAUAGACGAUAUUUAAAAUGACCAAGUUCAAGUUAUCAGCCAGCGCAUAAUAAAUGUAUGCUAAAUUACAAAGACAGUGUGUAUCUGAUGAAACUAAAUAUCUGAUGAAACUAAAUAAAGAGCAAUUGAUUCUUUAACAUUUCAUGUUUUAUUAAAAACAGUCAGUUGGUACAAUAAAUGUACAGCAUGAAAAUAUACAUUUAAUGUCUUCAUACAAAUACUGUGGAUAAAAAAAAUUAUAAUAUAGAACCAUGAAUAGCAUUCACACAUGCACACCAAUAUGCAAACACGGAACAAAUGUGUGGCAUUGCUUUGGUCUAUUCACAGUGGCUCUGCUUUCUUGAAAUAGAAAAUAAUGAAACGUAUUUCAGUAUCAGGGAUAUCUCAACAAUGAAGUCCAUUAACAACAACAGGGAACAUAAAGUGUCUUCUUUGUCUUGCAAAUGAGUGUUUACUGAUGUCACAGAACUGUUAAUGUCAUUUGAAAUUGAUGAAGAGAAACAUUAAUGUAACAGUCGUGUCAUGGCCCAAACAUUGAAACUUUGUAAAAAACAAAAAAAACAUCCUCACUUAGUGCAUGUUCAUUCUGCCUUUUCACAAGAAACAUUUCUCCAUGGCAUAGGGUAGCAUGAGAGUGUUUAAAGAAACCUGACAACAGACUGAUCUUUAGGAUGUUCUUUCUCGGUGGAUGAGAUUCCUCAAAUUACAUCUAAUACUAACAAUACAGACAGCCAGCAUUCCAGGG